UAAUAAACAAAUGGAAAUUGUCUGCCCUUAUUUGUUGUUCAACUAUUCCUCUGCUGUUCAUCUUUUCUCUCCCAUUCUCAGCUGCAUACACAUUUCCAAGGCUCUGUUAAAUUUCCCCCAUUUUCCCAUGUCCAUGGCCUUUUCAAGUUCUCUGCUAUCUCUUUCUCUGGGCUCAUCUUCUCCAUUAGUCUUCUCUCUUUUUCUCUUCUACCCAUCCUAUCCGCCAAAGCAGUUACAGAGCCUUGCUUUUUCACUUCUCUCUUGAACCCCUUCAACACCAUCAUCACCAAGUUUCAUCCGUGAAAGUUACCUCUCAAAAACUGAUUUUUGCGUGCUUAAACUUCUCCUACAGCUCUAAGCUGGGAUGCCCAUUUCAUUUCUUUGAUGAUUCUCUGGGAAAAAUCAGUCAAAAUCGUUUCUUUGUUCUUUGUUGGGUUUCCAGGUUUUGACACACUUUAUCUUGAGUAAAGGGUUUCUGAUCUGCCUUUUGACCUUGGAAGCACAGAUUUCUGGUGGGUUUUGGUAAUUUUUUCCAACUACCACCUCUUGUUUUCUGGUUUGAUUUUUUUUUUUUUUUUUUUAGUUGGAGUGGAAAAUUCAUGUGGGUUCUUAGGGUUUAUCAAAUUAGGGUUGAUGGUGCUUAGUUGUGCCUUGUUUAAAUGGUAAGAGGCUCCUGAUUUGUUGCCAGGUUGCUGAUUUAGAAGGCAAUUGCCAAGUUUGGAAUUUUUUUGGCUAUUUGCCCGAGUCGUUUUUAGUGGUAAGGUUUUGGGUUCUGAUCUACUUAUAUGUAUCCAAAACAUAUGCUUUUCUGGAUUCUGGUCAAUUUUUGUCACAUUUCAGGCUAUAGCUUGCUAGAUUUUUUGAUUUUAGGUAGAAAAUCAUGUGGGUUCCUCAGUUUGAGGUAGUAAAUGUAAAGAUUGUUGGUUUUUGUCAUGAAGAGAGCUCGAUUGUUGUUUUAUAGUUAGGUAAUUCACCGAGAUUUAUAUCUUUAUGGAGCAUCUUCAGAUUUCAGCUAUGUAACUAGAAUUUAAGUAGGUUCCGGUGUUUUUGGUAACCCCCUCCUUCUGGUGUUUCUGUCAAAAUGUCUGGAAAUGGUAACUGUUUUGUGGAAUGGAAAGAGCAAUUUGUUUGUCAGGAGCGGGGCAACCGAGUGGUUCACUAUUUCUUGAAGGAUUCUGCUGGAGAAUCCGUCCUUGCAGUGGUGGGCACUGAAAGGAGUGUUAGGCACAUGUUUUAUGUUGUAGCUGAGGAGUUUCUGCAAGUUCAUGGAAAGGAAAGUAACAUUCAUGCUGGUUUCAAAUGGAGGUCGAGAAGGGAGGUUGUGGAUUGGCUUACAUCUAUGCUUUCAAAGCAGCAUCUUCAUGGAGAUCAGUCUGAAUCACCUACACGUGAUAGAUCGCAAGCUUCAGGGUUACCUGAAAUGAUUAGAGUUACUGGUACACGUAAACAGGGACCAGAUUACACGGGCCACCUUGCAAAGAAUUUCAAAGGACACAAUUCAGAUAUUGUUUGGUCAGGCAUUGCAUGGAUGUGUGGUAAGCAGCUCAAGCAUUACCCAGCAUUCUGCAGGAAUGGGAUAACAAUAGCGAUUCAAUCUUUUGUUUUUGUUAUGGCAAAGGGAGAAAAUCGUUACCUUGCUUAUCUGGAAGAUAUGUAUGAAGACAAAAGGGGUCAGAAAAAGGUUAGAGUGAGGUGGUUUCAUCAUAAUCAGGAAGUGAAGGGUGUGAUUCCGCUGCGAAAUCCUCACCCAAAAGAAGUUUUUAUCACACCAUAUGCACAAGUCAUUAGUGCAGAGUGUGUUGAUGGUCCAGCCACAAUCUUAACCGAAGAACAUUAUGAAAAAUGCUUGACAGUUUUUCCUCAUGCUUUGUUAGCUAAAGUACAUCUGUGUCAUCGGCAGUUCAGAAGUAACAGGGUGAAACCCUUUGAUUUGAGUAAAUUGCGUGGCUAUUUUGAUCAACCAAUUCUCUCUUGCUUGGAUCCUGCUUUCCUCCAAAAGCCGGAGUUUAUAAGCAAUAGCCUGAUUGAAGCAGAAGGUGAUGAACUGAGUCCAAAUGAAAAUGUAAAGCUGGGAGCUAAGAGGACCAGAAGUGGGACAGAACAGUCAAGACUGAGAAGUUGUACUGGGGGCCGGCAGAUGAUGACGUAUGGACCUUAUCAAAACUUAAACUGUGAUUUUUCAGGUGGAAGAUUAUUUUCCCUCAAGCAUGUGGGUCAGCCUUGGUUUACCCCACCGUUUAAGGCCAAUGAAAAGAUAGAAUUGCUAUGCCAAGAUAGUGGCAUCCGAGGCUGCUGGUUUAGGUGUACAGUCUUGCAGGCAUCUAGAAAACAGAUAAAAGUCCAAUAUGAUGAUGUGCAAGAUGAGGAUGGAUCUGGCAAUCUUGAGGAAUGGAUCCCAGCUUUUAAAUUGGCUAUGCCCGAUAAACUUGGCAUCAGGCGUUCAGGACGCCCAACAGUACGGCCAGCCCCUGAUAAAGGGCAAACAGACCUAGCUCUUGAAGUUGGAGCUGUGGUUGAUGCAUGGUGGAGUGAUGGCUGGUGGGAAGGAGUUGUGACUGGAGUCGAAGAUUGUGGUGAUGAUGUGCAAGUUUUCAUUCCUGGUGAAAGCUUACGCUUAAACAUAAACAAAAGGGAUCUAAGAAUAUCCAGAGAAUGGUUGGGGGACCAGUGGUUUAAUAUUGAGGCUAAACCUGAUGUAAUCUCAGCUAUAACUGCGACUUCUAUCUCAGGCACUAACCCAUGCUUGUCCUCAAGUAUUGGCAAAGACGUCAAGUCUGAUGCUUUAGCUUCUUCAAGUAUUGAAGCUCCUGCUAGCACGAAUUGCGAUAUUGCUGAAGAGGAAAAUCUCAAUGGAACUGCAUCUGCCAGUUCUGAUGGCCUUUCCAAGAGUAUGGACUGGGUCAAUGGUGAUAACUCACCAUCAUUAAAAGAAAGUGGUCAUGAUGAUGAUUUUGUUGACACCAACGACAGUUGCGAUAACAUUGACAAUAUGCAAGGUAAUGAUGGUGAUGACAAAGAUGACAAUGACCAUGAUGAGGGCAGAGUAGGCAUGGAGAUGCUUGAAACUUCUGGCCAGAGCUGUAAAGCGGUAGAAGUAAUGGAAGUGACAGUAUAGGCUUUCUAACAUUAGUUGGUAUGCCUUGAAUUGUGACGGUUUUAUUGCGGUUAGUGUAGGGGUCCAUGUUGACGGUGGUUUUUUUGGGUUGUUAGCAUUAGCAUUAGUGUAAAUAGUUAGAGUGUAAGGAGAAACAUAUUGCAUUCGUUCAAAUUGAUGGCCAUUUGUAGGUGUACAGUCAUGAGGUUAGAGUUUGUGACGUCCUGAUUUUUACUGAUUGUGUUAGAAUUUAGAAUCCUUUGAUUGGAAGCCCUUCUAAAACGAGUCGAGCCUUUCUCAUGCUACCUUGUAAUGAUUCCAUAUGUGCUAGCUUGUACCUUGUAUAAAGGACACUUGCAGUCUGUAUAUUUUUAUAAUAAUAAUAUGUAUCUUUCCUGUUUCCUUGUUA